UCUCACAAGUAAAAAUAUCAAUUAAACACAUUUUCUUAGCUUCAGUCCAUAACAAUUUAAUACAAAGGGAAGGUAAAGGAAAAACAUUAAGGCUGGCUGCUUCUUUGUUUUGCUAAUGUUGCUGGUUACACUUCAAAAAUCAGUAAAGGUGCUAUUUUAUGGUAUAGCAAUUUUUAGAUAACAUCAAAGCAGGGAUGCAGGUAGUGCCAACUGGCUGUGCUUUGGCACAGAUCUCAUUCAACAAAUGGACUGAGGAAGAGCUGUAUGAUGUCCACUUUUUCAGGUGGUCUUUGUAUAUUGACAGAGUUUUCCAGAAAAGAGGACAUGAAGAGAAAAGCAAAAGAUUUCUAUGGGCUGAACAAAACUGAUGUCAAGAUGUAGAGCUAGGUCAUCCUGUGAGCACUGCAGCACACCUCAGGUACCAGGCAUGAAUCUAUCUGGGUGAGUAAAUGGCAAAAGUAUACAGGUAUGCAACUGCUGGUCCUCCUGCUCCUCCUGCACAACGAACAGUUUUUCUCCCAGUACCAAUACAUUUGAUCCCAUUUUGCUGAGAAUGAUCAGUGGUAUAACAAAAAAAAAAAAGAAAUCCCAGCAGACUGAGUGCUGGAAAGAGCACAAUUCCCAUAAGGAAUGUGGUUGUGCCAUUUAAACCCCAGCCUGCAGUUCACAAUGCUGUAUCUUGAAAUAACUUGCUUCUAAACUCUGUGCUGUAAUUACAGAUUUUUUUUUUUUUUGGCAUAUUUUGAAGUUAGUUAAGGCCUAUAAGCUAGAAUGCAAUCGCAUUUUCUUGUUUUAUCUUGUUUAUGUUCAACUUCUGUUAAUUUCAAACAGUUCAAAUGAGCUAAGGUCUUUGACUGCAGUUGCGUAUUUCUUUAUAGCUUCAGAAAGAGUAGUAAAUUAUUGCUCGAAGGGUCAAAAAAGCAAACAAUCAACCCCCUAUUAAAAGGUCUGUCUCUUUUUCUGCAUAGUACUUCACACUGUGAGGAAGCCUGUGUGCGUGACAAAGAUUGAAGAAUGGAGAAGUCCAGGAAAACAUUUUCCGAUAUCAUAAAUGAAGCAAUGGUGGCUGCUAACACAGUGGAUAGUGACAAACUGCUUUUUUCUUACAAGGGGCUUCUCUACCUUGCUACUUUUUGCAGUCCUGAAGUAUUCAGAGCCAUGGACUUCCUUGAAGCCAGAAGGGAUGAUAUUUUGGCAAGAUACCCUAAAUCUGGCACAAACUGGCUGGGUCAAGUCUUAAAUGAUCUGGUAGCCAUAUAAAAGAAAGCGCAGAAUAAAGAAAGCAGCAUGCAUUACAAAAAAAUGCAAUAAUUCCCCUACCUUGAAAUGGGAGAUACUGGGAAAUACGAUCGGACGAACAGAUUGCCCUUUCAAAGAGUUACGGUUGCUCAUCUCCUUCCUAAAAAUCUUCCCAGUUCUAUCUUCAGAAAUAAAGCCAAGAUAUUGUUGCUGAUCUGCAACCCAAAAGAUGUAACUACAUCUUUUUGCUAUUUUUCCAAUGGUAUGUCUCAUCUUUCCUCUUACGAGACCUGGGAUGAUUUCUUCAUAGUUUUCACGACAAAAAAAAAGUACAUGCCCUGGGGAUGUUACUUUGAGUACCAUUACAAAUGGAACAAAUAUGCUGCUGAUGAAAAUGUUAUGACGGUAACUUAUGAAGAGCUAAAAGAGAAUCCAGUCCUGGGCUUUAAAAACAUAGUUUCUUUCUUUGGGGUUUGCCUGACUGAAAAAGAGCUUCAGAGUGUGGUAGAGAGGAGCAGCUUCCAGUCAAUGAAGAAGAACUCGCUGAAGACCCAAAAGAAACAUGGUGAUGUUUUCUUUCACAAAGGUGGUGUAAGUGUCUGGAAGAAUCUUUUCAGUGAAGAUCAGAAUAAGAAAAUGGAUGAAGAAUUUGAAGAACGUAUAAAAGGAACUAAACUGAGAACAAAGUUAAAUUAUGAACAGUACUCUAAAGCCUGAAAAUUAAUGAAAUGCGGUUGGAGCAAGAGCUUCCCAAUGCACUGUCAGGUCAUCUGAUAGCCAUAUACUAGAAAACUAGAUCAAAUGAUCCAAGCACCUUAGAAUUACUGUAAUAAUCACAUUGCAGCAGCCUUUACAGUGAUAGUGAUGAAUAGUGGGCUUUCGUUUUAAAGGUGAGGUCUUUUGCUUACUUUGGCUACACUCUUAUGCUGAAGAAGAUGACAACUAACCAUAUUAAGAUAAACUUAACAGUCAUGUUUCAGUAGCUGUCACCCAAAAGGAAAUGACACUUUUCUCUUUCCAGCCAAACCCAGUCUUUAUGG